ACACAGCAUGGGCAGAGGCGGGAGGCAAACCAGCAUAAUAUACUGCACCAACCUUCAAACUGCGACAGCAUCUGGGACAAGCUAGCUGACUCCCUCUGGCAGCUAAAGGAAAUGACUAACAAGCGGAGGAUGAGCGGGCGGGAGCACUCAAUAUGGCACCAAC